GAAUUGUUUGACAUCACAUGGAAUUUCUAGUAUAGUAUUGGAGUACAUAGAAAGACAGAAACUGGCGUACAGUCCGAAGCGAGCGAUGGCGGAGCUCCGCCACUCGAGCUCUCUCGGGAGCCGAGCCGCGUCUUCUCCGAUGAAGCGGGAUGACGUCUCUUCCCCAUUCGUUCCCGACAGACAGCCCGACAACGAUGACGACGAUCGUCAUUCCAAAGAUCGAGUCCGCUCAUUAUUAUCCAAUUUCCAUUCUAUGUGUCCGUACUUUGGUGAGGAGAGUAGGUUUCAUCCUCACAAUUCGUGGAUCUCGCUUGUCUUGAUAUUCUUAAUCCUUCUCGCUGGCUUGAUUUCAAUCAUUUCGAUCUUCAAUCGGUUGAAUUCUCCCUACUUGUGCAGAAAAGAAGGCAUUGUUCUUCGUUGCCCCGGAGUUAAAGAGUCAACCUCUCUCUGGGAGAACCCUUAUUCAGCCACCACUUCAUGGAAGCCUUGUGCAGAGAAGCGUGUUGGUGCCAUUUCAGAUGUUCCACCAGAGAAUGAAACAAAUGGAUACAUAUUUAUACAUGCCGAAGGUGGUCUAAACCAACAAAGAAUAGCAAUCUGCAAUGCUGUUGCUGUGGCCAAAAUCAUGAAUGUCACCCUUAUUUUGCCUGUCUUGAAGCAAGAUCAAAUCUGGAAAGAUCAGACGAAGUUUGAGGACAUAUUUGAUGUUGAUCAUUUCAUUGACUACAUGAAGGACGAUGUACGAAUUGUUCGUGAUAUUCCCGACUGGUUUACUGACAAGUCAGAAUUAUUCACCAGUAUAAGGCGGACAGUGAAGAACAUUCCGAAGUAUGCUCCAGCCCAGUUCUAUAUUGACAAUGUUUUGCCUCGGGUUAAAGAGAAGAAGAUAAUGGCUCUUAAACCUUUUGUUGAUCGGCUUGGGUAUGAUAAUGUUCCUCCAGAAAUCAACAAGCUAAGAUGCAGGGUAAAUUAUCAUGCUCUAAAGUUCCUUCCAGAAAUUGAAAGAAUGGCUAACUUACUGUCAUCAAGAAUGAGAAACCGCACUGGCGGAUCAAAUCCUUACAUGGCUCUCCAUCUUAGGUUUGAGAAGGGUAUGGUUGGUCUGUCAUUUUGCGAUUUUGUGGGGACAAGAGAGGAGAAAGCCCAGAUGGCAAUGUACAGACAAAAGGAAUGGCCUCGACGGUAUAAGAAUGGUUCCCAUCUAUGGUCAUUAGCACUGCAGAAGCGGAAGGAAGGUCGUUGUCCUCUCGAGCCAGGGGAAGUAGCUGUGAUUCUUCGGGCAAUGGGCUAUCCAAAGGAAACCCAAAUAUAUGUUGCUUCUGGACAGGUUUAUGGUGGUCAGAACCGUAUGGCACCUCUGAGGAAUAUGUUUCCAAAUCUCGUGACAAAGGAGGAGCUGGCGAGCAAGGAGGAGUUAGAUGGGUUCAGGAAGCAUGUAACUAGCUUAGCAGCUCUGGAUUUUUUGGUUUGCUUGAAAUCAGACGUGUUUGUGAUGACACAUGGUGGAAACUUUGCGAAACUGAUAAUUGGUUUUCGAAGGUACAUGGGACACAGGCAAAAAUCUAUAAAACCGGAUAAAGGGCUGAUGUCCAAAUCUUUAGGGGACCCUUACAUGGGUUGGGCGACCUUUGUAGAAGAUGUGGUUGUUACUCACCAGACUCGAACAGGAUUGCCUGAAGAAACUUUCCCCAACUAUGAUCUAUGGGAGAAUCCACUUACUCCCUGCAUGUGCAGAGGAUGAUGAUGAAUUUUGGAGAUGAUAAUACUACUCUAGUGUGUGUAUUGGUUGAGAAUCUUAUCGAAAACUGUCAAAUGGAAUCCUCCAUUCGACUUCAUGUCAAUUGAAGAUGAUGAAUCUCACGAAAGAAAGACAACAAACAUUAAUGCGGCUGGCUGGGAUGGCUAGUCAGGAAAUUUGACUGUUACAGAUAUAGGCUUUGAGAGUUCUUAAUAUAUUUUUUUCUUGCAGGGAUAGUUGCAACUUUGUAUCAUUAUUAACAACAUUAGUUUUUGUUUUUUUUUUUAAUUUUUAUUUUACUGCAACAUCAUCAAUUAAAGUCAGUUGUUUGUAAAUAGCAACUCACUAAUUAAUCUUGGGUUAUUUUCACUUCACUUGGUUCACCC